AUGCAAUGUCAGGACACCGAGCAAUAUUCCCCCGCCAGCACGGCGUCAAGUCUCAGAACGGUCAAAUUCUACGACUCAGAUUCUUACAACAGCGCCGCACCAAGCCCGAAGACAGUCAAUGUCUACGACGAAGACUGGUACAUACGGAACACCCGCGAGCACCCCGACCCCGAGGUCGUAGAGGCGAACAUCGGCAACGCGAAGCGAGGCAAAGACGAGAGCGCACUGUACAUCGCCCGCCAGAAGAAUGGCCGUCCGCACGCCGUCAUCGCCGGCGUGAACAUGCCCAAACCUCCGCCCAAGGGGGCCCUCGCAGGUCGCUGGAAUUACAUCGAGUUCAUCCCGGAAUGGAACGACCCGUUGUGGGUAGAUCCCAAGCUCGAGAUCGACGAGGAGGACCCCCACAAGCGCCUUAUUCGUCCGAAGGACUUGCUGCGUUACCUGCGUCCCGCGCAGCGCCCCGAGGACCAAAUCCGGAAGCCCACGGCUAUGGCGCUGCGAUUUGGCAUCUUCCCCAUGCGCCAGGACGGCAGGUCUAGGAUGACGCCGACGAGAAGCACAUUUCGACAGUUUGCUAUCAACGGCGCCGCCAACAAGGUCAGUGGCGAGGACGUUGCCAGAGAGGCUGAGGAGCUCGCCAAGCGCUGGGGCGAUGACAGUGUCGAAGCGCUUUUGGCAAGAUACGCAAGUUUGGAUCCCAGCGGCAAGGGCAGGCUUUCGGAAGAGAGUGCCUUCGUCCUCAGUGCCAUGACGAGCAUGCAAGAGGACGAAGACUGGCAGAGGAUACUCUUUUUGGGAGCUACUACCAAUGAAUUAUUGGACCACGGGGUUUUAUCGUUUGGCAACGACUCCCGGAUCACGUUGAAGAAUCCCGUGCAUAGAGGUAGAUGGGAAUCGCCUCUUUGGCGCGGCGAUAGCGAGAACACGCCCAGAUUAGUUUAUCAAGUUGGAAAUCAUAAGGGCGAGCUAGAUCCUGGCAGCGAUGAUUAUGUGUGGGAGUGUCUUCAGCCCGCCUUGAUUCUGGCGUCUCGGAUGCUUUUCUACCUCGAAGGACACGAUCCGUUUUGGAAAGCGCUUUGCGAUGUCUGGAAUAGAAUGCCUGUUCCACAAUCGCGCGACGGUCGGCCGCAAGACCAGAGAGACCGGUGGCCGAUGUUUACUUUCUCCAGGAACCCUGAUCCCCUGCCCCCCGGCGGCAAGCCCUUCAUCCCGCCAGAGUACUACCAGCUCCUGGAUCCUAUCGAAACCACCGCGAAUGUCCUCAACGACUGGCUGGUGUUGAACGUCACAAGCACAUUCCACACUGAGAAUGAAGCAGAAGGGCAACCCCUGAACGGCAUCACGUUUGCCGAAGACGAUGGGACGAUUCGCACGUGUCUCGGCGCCGACGACAUUUAUCCGCUGCUUGUGCAGGGGUACACUACGGAUGAAAGACUUGUGUUGUCCUUUCGUGUUGCGACUACCUUGGUUCAUGAGGUGGCACACGCUGUCACCUACGCCCACAGGAACUGGAUGCACUCGCCCGGGCCUUCCACCCUGCCGACUAUAUCUGGCCAUUCUGCCGUGGAGAAUUCAAUCGCCUCCAUAGGAAAACUUCUUUUUGCCCAUCAAAGAACCCCGGAGCCGUUCUUCGAGCAAGAGCAGAGAUGCGAAGUGGGCUUCUCAUUGGAAAAUCACCUCUAUGGAGGUACCGCAUGGCCUCUGAUUGGCCGGAGUUCACAUGUUCGCCCCAAGCAUCUGUACUCUACGUCCUGCGGCCUCACCUUGUAUCGCUGGCCGCGGGCGUUGCACCAAGACCCUCCCGACGACGGCGAAACACGCAAAGACCCCAGCGAUACGGUUCUCAAAACCCCGGUUCUUGUCUCGAAUCAAUACUCUACGUACAUAUCGGUAGCCCAGGUGCUGCGCUUCUUCACCGAAGAGUGGUGGACCACCGAGAUCCCGCGCUUUGGAUCUGCCGCGAUGCGCCUCAACACAAACAUGCCCACCAGGAUCCUUCCGCCCCCUGACCGGACAAUGCCAACCUUCGAGGAUGAAGAUCUCCUUCCGAAGCAGUGGGAUCUGUGGAACGAAUGGCCUGAUGACCUGCUUAAGACAAAUCCUUUGGUGUACGAGUUCCUGAUGUCUCUGACCCAGGAACAUCUGAACUUAGCCUGCGCAAAGGCCAAAUGGCAGGUGGACUACCUCAGCUGGAAAGAGAGACAAUGGGUGCUAUUAAACACGGGCGCGCAGGCUAACAUCAUUGUUAUCGAGGCUGUGAUCGGGGCGACGUACCGACGGAAUCUCGUGAACAUGGGGCAUCAACAACUCCAGGAAUGGAAGGACGACGCGCUGCUGGGAUACCAAAACAUGCUGGCCCGGUUCACAAAUCGCAUGCAAGGUCGAAAGCUGAAAUUACCGGCGCCGUCGCUGAGUCUCCUCAACGCAGACACAUUCUGGGACAACAUCGGCACCGUGGCGCAGGGGGCCGGCCGGAGGCUCGCGGAGCUUUUACGGACGUAUUACGGAGAGCUUCAGUACGAACUGCAUACCAUCACGGGUUUGUACCUGGACAUCUUCAACCUCGGCGACGAGGACCGGAUCAGGUUCACCGUACAGCCGGUGAUACGGACUCUGAAAGCUCGGACCCAAACACUGGCGGGCCUCCACGAGGAGAUCAUCACUCUGAUCAACCAGCCGCAAGCCACGCGAAUGUAUCCGGGUAUCGCGGAGGAGUUCAGGCCCAUGUUCGAACGUGGUUUCGAGACGACUAAGGACUUGUUCGGAUGGUCUGGGGAGAUCACGCGGAUCAAACCGGAGAACUGGGCCCUUCUGCUCCCGCUCAUUCCCAACAUCCAUACUGCGCACCGUCCGUCUUCGGCGAGGCUGUUCACCUUUGCGCGGAGGGAGAUUGAGCUGUUGCCGGCGAAGGAUUUUGAGGCGGUGCAGAACUACGUGUGCACGAUUCAGAAUGCGACCAGUCACACGAAGCAGGCAAUCAACACCAUCAAUGCGGAUAGUCUGAAGCGGGACGUCGAUUACAUGCUGCGCGGGGCGGUGAGCAGGAUCAAAGAUAUCUUUGGUGGUGUCCUGCACGAGGCCUCGGAUGAGGCGCUGGACUCCAAGGUGCCUGACGCGGGCCAGAGGCCGAGCAAGAGGGUGAAGUAUAACCCGCCCAGUCUUGAAAAACCGAUGCUGGUCAAGGCUUCGACAGCUGCAGCUGCCAGGAAGUCUGGUUUCACGAUACACGACUCAAAGAAGGCGCAGUUCGGGAGGAGACGCGCAAGUGUGAUGCCGCAGAAUCAUCCCAGCACAAUCUCCAACAACCACCAAGCGCCAGAAAAGCCAGCAGUCUCCGGCGUCUCGACCAUCGACUCCCGUACUCCCAGGCUGCCCACCAUCGACAUGUUUGCCUUCAACGCCGCAGGCUUCGCUCCCAUGGCCGGCGUCGAGCACACCGGCUCCAGCAAACUCGCGCCAUCGAACCCCGCGCCGGUCAACUUGUUCGCGGCGCCGUACGCGCUGACGGGCACGCUCACCGGGGACUUGGUGCGCGAGGCGGAGAUGAUGGAGGGGCGCAGGCAUGUGCUGUUCACGAGUAAGCACGAGGGAGGAUAUCGCGAUCCGCAGGGUAAUGGGCUGGAGUCACCGGAAACGCCCAAGUUUGUGAGCAGGUUCCCCAAUCCGGAUGAUGGGACGCCCUAA